AUGGCGAGCCAGUAUGCGUCCUUCUUGAAGUCGCCGACGACCUCACUGCUUGCUGCCGAUGCGUCGCUGGUAUACAUCACGACCACGACCGAGAUUAAAGAGCCCAACGCCAUCCUCAAGCACCUCCAAUCCCAGCAGAAGCUGCUGGACAAGAAGAAUGAGAAGAUCCUCAACACCAUUGCCGGCCAGGAUGGCUUGUGCCUGGAGACCGAGACCACCCUGCUGUUCAAGAUGGGUGGCGGCGCGUACCUUCCCGGCAUAGACGAGAACCUACUGGACGAGAAGCUGGUCACGUUCCCAGUCAUGCACAUUGUUCGCUUCGACGAGGCACAGAAGAUCAAGCAGAUCCGUCUGUACUGGGACCAGGGCACGCUGCUGAAACAGGUCGAGGCUAUUGGGCGGACCGGCCGCAACUGGCCGAUCAGGGAUGGCAGCUCUCAGCUCGACGCUAUCAACAAGAGCUUGAACGCUGGCGGCAGGGUCACAGACGUGGAAGGCUCGACCGCUUCCGCCCCACGCAAGCAGAGUGAUGUUGUCAUCAACCAGCACAAGAAGCGGGAGAGUGUCAGCGCGACACGUGAUCCUCACGCCAGUCUCAACCUCUUCCAGUCGCGCGAUCCGAAUGAGGAUGGACCUCGGAAGUUCGACGGACCAGUCACGGCGCCGCGAGAGACAUACAAGGACAUCACCCGUGACCUGGCCGAGAUUGUCGGCAACGAGAAUGUCGGGCCUGGCUCAGCGAAUCGUGAUCCUUCACCUUCAAAGCAAGACGGCUUCUACCCCAAAGCCGGCGCAGGCAAGACCCACAAUGUCAACAGACUCUUUGAUGACAACGAGACUACUGGUGCUCCGCCAUCACCACAACGUAAGAAAGUGUUUCAGGACAAGAACAACCACUUUGAAUUCGGCGGUGGGGAAGACGCGCCGGAGCAUUUUCGUCCGGGCCGUGGUGGCAAACACAACAACAACACCCAGAUCGACUUUACUGCGUUCAGCGUCUCGCCUAGCGUGAAGGGUAAAUCGCGGCCAGCUUAUGACAGGCAAUGGGGUCCUGGUGUGCAAGAGGACGACCCCCCAUCCCCCAUCAAGCGCCCAGUAGUCCACGCCCCACGCCCCGACGCAGAUCCCCACUUCGCCCUGGCCGACGACUCCCCAGCGCCGGAGAAACAGAAAUCCUUCGCUCGCCACAAGGGCAUGGGACUCUACCAAGACCCGCUGCAAGACGACUCCCGCACCGCCAUCGGCAAGAACAGCCACAGCCGCGCCAACGCCUUCGAACCCCACUACAGCAUGGCCGACUCCUCCCCCGCGGACGGCCACAAAACCCAACAUAACGCCACCGCGAAGAGCAACGCCGCGCGCAACGAUAUGGAUGCUAAUUGGUCGUUUGAUACUCCGGUCAAGGAGAAGGCGAUUUAUAAGACGGCGGGGAAUGGGAUGGGGGGACGCAGGGAUGAGGAUAGGGGGUGGGGGAUUGGGGAUGAGAGUGAUCCGGAGGUUAAUGGGACGGUGGGGGACAAGAUGAGGGCGAGACGGGGGAAGCAGGCUAGAGCUGGGGCGCCGGGCCAUGCUGGGUACUAG